AUGGACACUUUUAGCACAGCAGCAGAUGAACCGAGGACAGAUGGAAAGACAUUUAUGGAAAAAGUAAAGGAAGAAAUGAAAAGCAGUGGAACUGCAGUUGGCCCACAGGAUCCAAAUAUGUUUUACACAGCAGAAAGGAUUAACGCAGUUGAAAGAAUUAACACAACAGAAAUGAUUAAUGCAAAAGAAAAGGCUAACGCACCUAAUAUGGAUAUCCCUGGUUAUACUGUCAAUCAUCCCGGACCCCAUAUGAAUAAUAAUUCAACGAAUGUGAUUAACAAUUCCCCUGGAAUAGAAAACUCUAAUGGCGUAGCUAAACGAUUAGAUAAUGUGGUGAAUACACAGGAUAAAACUGGACAAAUUGCAAAUGCUGAAAAAGAUGCAGACAAUGAAGGGUUGAAGAGUAGCAAUAAAAACACAAAUAAUGUAAAUUCUGAAAAUGAGACAGUGGAAGAAAAAGUGGGGAAUCAUAAUAUAAAUAUGAAUCGUAAUGAAGAUAUGUCAGAGGGUUUUCUUUCCCCACCAGUUUUUCAUUUAACUGAAAUUAUGCACAAUGAAAAAUGCUUUAAAAAAACAAAGGGCCACAUAGCAGUUGAAAUAAAUGGUGAUAUAUGUAUAUAUGGAGGUAUGGCACAAAAUAAAUGUGUUAAUAAUUUUAUAAGGUAUGUGCCCGGUAUAAAAUUAUUUGAAAAAAUUCGAUUAAAUUCAGAAGACAUUGCACCUCGAGCAUUUCAUUCUGGAAAUGUUAUAUCGGAAAACAAUAAAAACAGUAUCCUCAUAUUUGGUGGGAUAAAUGAUAAAGAAGAAAUUCUUGAUGAAACAUACAAAUUUGAUUUUCAGGCAAAAAAAUGGGAACGAAUAGAAUGUAAUGUGAAACCAUGUGCAAGAUAUAAACAUGCUUCAUUUAGCUAUAAGAAUUCUAUAUUCAUUCAUGGUGGAAUGAAUUCGGAUAAUGCUACUUUAUCUGAUUUGUGGCAUUUUUCUGGAGGCUCUUGGAAUGAAAUUACUCCAACAAGUAAAACUCCGGAAGCAAGAUAUGGACACACUUUAGUUUUUUCCUUAUAUGGAAAUGCAAAACUUGUAUUUCUCUUUGGUGGAAAUAGAAAAGGCUUUAAUGGAGCAUUGGGUGAUACAUGGGUUCUUAACCUUAACACUCUUAAAUGGAAGGAGAUUACCAAAACUACGGGACCUAACCCCCGUGCACGAUGGGCGCAUUCUGCACAACUCUUUGAUGAGUGGAUGAUAAUAUACGGUGGAAUUACAAACGGGUGGAUAGACAAUUAUGCCCUCUCAGAUAUGUACGCUUUGAACAUUUACACGUUCUCUUGGUUCGAAGUCGAUAUAAGUAGAUCCAAAUGUUUCAACAGAGGAUAUUAUGGGUCGUUAUGCUUGGUACCUUAUAAGAAAUCAUUGCACAUUUUUGGAGGAUCGGACGAAUCCGACGAGUUUUCGGACGCAUUCAGUUUGUCCCCAUUAGUGACUUACGUGUACUACAAGAACUUGACAGAAAAAAUUGAGAACCUCGAUGCUAAAAUGAAAAUUAUUAACGAAAACACGAAUAGCAACGAUCAAGUUAAUUUAACUGAAUUUGAGUUGAAAAUAUCAGAAUUAAAAGGGGAAGUCAAUAACAUAAGCAACAUGAUGAAAACGUUCGAAAUGAAAUUUUUCGCACUUGAAAAGCUAAAUGAACAAUGUGAAAAGUUGCUCUCAAAAAAUAUGAACGCAGAAGCUUUAGAAAAAUUAGAGCAGCGCAUUCGAAAGUUGGAAUCGUCAAAUAUAUUGAUGAAACAUGAAAGUAUAUAG